CCGCCAUAACGGAGCGUGCCGCUGCUGUCUUCCCCUCUCGUGCUGCUGCUCAGCGGGUGUCUCGAAGAAGUGCAACAAACACAGAAGGCAGGAUGCCCUCCGAUCAGGACUGGCUGAGCAACCCCCUCGGCGUGGUGCAGGACCUCGUCGAUGAGAAAAUCUCUAACCUGGACUGGGAGAAACGAGCUUUGGAAUAUUUUCAAGAGAAGCUAAAGGAGACUGAGGCAGCUAGCUGGGUGCCGUCGCUCAAUGAUGUUCCUCUGCACUAUUUGAAGCCCAACAGUCUUGUGAAGUUCCGCUGCAUGGUGCAGGAUAUGUUUGACCCUGAGUACUACAUGGGGGUUUAUGAAAGUGUAGAGCCAUCGACACAGGCUCGGGUGUUGCACAUUGGCAAGUACAGAGAUGUAGCAGAAUGUGAGCCUCAGCAUGAGGUGGACCUCCAGUCCCAGAACAACAUCACUAUGGAGCGUCAGACUUUCUACUGUGUUCCUGUACCGGGAGAGGCGCAGUGGGUGAAAGAGAGUUAUGCCAGCAGCAGUCAGGCUCGCGUCAGCCCCUCGACGUCCUACACUCCUUGCCGACACAAACGCAGCUAUGAGGAAGAUGAAGACAUGGAUGCUCAGCCUUACAAGGAGAAGGAGCAGUUUACAGCCACAGAUGCCCAAGCUGACUCAAAGAGACUGGAGACGGAGGCCUCGCUAGCGCAGCAGAGCUCUGCACCCACCUGCUCGCCGCCGCUUGACCUCAACUUCCCUUUGCCUGGAGAAAAAGGGCCAGCGUGCUUGGUGAAGGUCUACGAAAACUGGGAAAACUUCAAAGUCAACGACAUCAUGGACGUGUACGGCGUUCUGUCGGUGGAUCCCGCUCUGAGUGUUCUCGGUGACCACAGGGAUGACGCCUUGUCAGUGGAUCCGAUGGAGGCAGAUGAGGAACAGAGGGUCCAUAGCCCUCCAGCCUCCCUGGUGCCACGGCUCCAUGCUGUCUUGGCACAUAAGCUGAAACACGUAAACCCUCUGGUGCCUGCCAGCCUGUGUACGGAGGAUGGCACGAGCUUUGUGAGCGACUUCCUUACUGGUCUGGUGACGGUACGGGCAGAGCUGCUGGGCUUGCUGACUGGUGUGCUGCUGGGAGACGGUGUGGCUGCAGAGUAUCUCCUCCUACACCUGGUCUCUGAUGUGUAUGCGAGGCACGAUGUCCUUCCUCUGGGCAAGUUCACCGUGAACUUGAGUGGCUGUCCAUGUCCCUCGAACUACACGGAGCGUCUGUACCGCAUCAUCCAGCUCCUUGUGCCCUGCUCCUACCACCUCUGCAUGACCCUUCACAACAUGAACAGCUUGACGUUCAUCCCUCGCAAAGAUUAUUCGGCCAAUCGGCUAGUGAGCGGCGUGCUGCAGCUGGCGAGGAACACCAGCCUGUUUGUGGACGAGACGCAACUGGAGCAGGGGCAGCUGGACUCGGCAGGUGUCCAGAAUCUGGCGGCGCUCGGUAACCUGAUCACGUGGCAGAAGGUGGACUACGACUUCAACUUCCACCGGAUGGAAUUCCCCUGCAAUAUUAAUGUGCUCAUCGCGUCGGAGGGGAGAUCUCUGUUACCGUUUGACUGCCAGGUCCACCUGCAGCCCCAGGUUGUCCCCCCACACCUUGAGCAGUACAUGCAGAGCCUGCAGGACGCACUGCUGCCAUCCCUGCUGACCAAGUUCCGGAUCUACUUGAGCCUCGUGCGCCACUUGGAGUACAGCAUCUCCGCCGAGGUGACCAAGGCUGUUGAGGAUGACUUUGUGGAGAUGCGGAAGAACGAGCCACGGAGCGUUUCAGCAGAAGAUCUUCACCGGAUGCUCGUCAUUGCCAGGCUGCUGUCCCUCAGCGUCGGUCAGACGUCACUGUCCAGGGAACGGUGGCAGAGGACAAAGGAGCUGGAAAUCCUACGAAGGAGACGCCUGGAGCAGCAGAAGUGCGUCAACGGCAACGAGCUUUGAGGUGACGUGCAGCGGGGGGGCGGUGCCCCCCAAGUGCCAGAUUUAGGAGAGGACUCGUUCCUCCCCCA